AGGUCGUGAAUCGUAAUCAGCUCGAAAAUCCCUAAUCCGCUGCAUUCGGAUUUCCGAAAACCUUGAGAAAUAUAAGACACGAACUUCUCUCGUCAAUUGGUGGAGGAAGGGGCUUUGGUUAUUCUACUUGAAGAUUAAGUAGGUACAUUGGCAGCCUGCAGGAUGGCUUAUGAGAUAACUGAACAGAAAAAGAUUGGGAUAGGUCUCAUUGGUUUUGGCUUCUUUUUCACAUUUCUCGGCAUAAUUCUAUUCUUCGACAGGGGCUUGCUUGCUUUGGGAAAUAUAUUUUGUUUAUUGGGGGUAGCCCUGUUGCUUGGCUGGCAAUCAAUGUGGCGACUCUUUACAAAUAAAAAUAAUUACAAGGGCUCUCUGUCUUUUCUUCUUGGGCUAUUUCUCAUCUUUGUUCGGUGGCCAAUUGCCGGUAUCAUAAUUGAAAUAUUUGGUUCUGUUAAUCUCUUCAGUGGCUUUUGGCCUUCUAUCAAGAUUUUCAUUUUUCAAGUUCCUGUCUUGGGAUGGAUUCUACAGUACCCGUUUUUGGUAGGCCUUAUGGAUAUGUGGUUUUCAUGUUUAGGCUCCUUGAUCACAUGAGAAAAAGGGUCUAAUUGAAAAUCUUUUGGUGCAUGAAACCUGCUUUUGUAGUUUUUUAACUUUGAACAAGGUACUCUAUUUUCUCCUAUUAUCAAUGAGUGCCCACUGGCAGCAAUAAACAUGACAAUCGACGUUGUAACGUAGAUGCAUAGGAGUAUGUUGGAGUGUCCCUUUAUGGAAAUUUUUUUUUUGGCAGUACAUGUAAAAGUUUAUAACAUUUCAUUUCCAUAUUGGAAUCUGUUGUAAAAAAUAUAAGGGCUUUGUGAUAUUAUAUUGAAAAUGAAGUUGUUAAAGCA